GUAACCUUUGACGAACUGAGGAAAUCACAGAGAGCUGUUAACGCCUGCAUGAACCUGUACAUACGCUUACUUGCUCUUAACAAUGACCAAGAGCCGCCAUUAAUACAGGUCCAGGACGGAUCACAUGUGGUAAACCACAGUCUGAACUACGAGCCGCUGCACCAGUGGAAGAUCAAGGUGUUGCGAGCCAACGACUCAAGCACACACGCCGCCAUCACCCUCCUCUCUGACCUGUUCCACUGUCGGCUUGAGCGGCACCAGGACCAGGUGGCCUACAUGGCCCAGCAACACUGGUACCUGCGCUGGAACACCCGCCUCGCCUCCCGCUGCCGCCACCCACACCAAGAUCACCAACAACAGCCGCCAGCCGGCCAGCAGGAGUCGCAGCCGCUGCUGAGUCACCGUCAGGAUGAGGAGAGGUCUUCCUGCUCCAAUGUUACCCUGGUCAGCAAGGUGUGCCGCGCCUCAAGUCUUCACGUGGCCAAGGUGAGUGACGCGCCUCCACUUCACCCUCGUCACAUCCGCGCCUCGCCUCCACCUCACCCUCGUCACAUCCGCGCCUCGCCUCCACCUCACCCUCGUCACAUCCGCGCCUCGCCUCCACCUCACCCUCGUCACAUCCGCGCCUCGCCUCCACCUCACCCUCGUCACAUCCGCGCUUCGCCUCCACCUCACCCUCGUCACAUCCGCGCCUCGCCUCCACCUCACCCUCGUCACAUCCGCGCCUCGCCUCCACCUCACCCUCGUCACAUCCGCGCCUCGCCUCCACCUCACCCUCGUCACAUCCGCGCCUCGCCUCCACCUCACCCUCGUCACAUCCGCGCCUCGCCUCCACCUCACCCUCGUCACAUCCGCGCCUCGCCUCUACCUCUCCCUCCUCACACCCGCGCCUCGCCUCUAGCCUGUCCUCUUAAAAA